AUGGAAGAGUAUUCAAGUGAUGAGGAUGACUGGGAGCACAGAUUUGAAGAGAAAGAAAUAGGAAAAGUGGAAGAAGAGGAUCCAAAAGAAGAAGAUGAAGGCAAUAAAAGGGAUUGGGCGGGUCUCCCAAUCGAGCUUUUAAGCGAGAUGUUAACACAUUUGCAGCUUCCCCAAACCAGAUUCUCCUUCCACAAAGUAUGCAAAUACUGGGACUCAAUUCAGGACCCUAAACACCACUCCCCUCUCAUCUUCCCCACCCUUCAAUCCCAAUGGCUUCUCCACAAGGACACUUACCACGGCACCGUCUGCAAAUUCUUCCACCCCUUCUACCCCGACAGGUUCGCCAUAGACGACGUCCCUGACCUAAACAAAGCUGUCCUCAUGCACUCCAACAAUGGCUGGCUCCUAAUUGCUCGCCGAUCGCUACGAAACAACCCCAAAAUAGAUUUAUUCUGGGAUUGGCAAAACAGUCUGUUCUUCAUAAACCCCUUCACUAAGGAGCGGGUGGACCUGCCGGAAGCGGAUUUUCUCGGGGACUGGAAAAGUGCAACCUUCGUCUCAGACCCAACCUCCCCAGACUGCAAGGUUUUUGGCGUUGUGUCUUUCACUGAUACUUUCGUUCGUUUCGAAACCAUCCGCCGCGGAGAAGCCGAGUGGGUUCGUCAUUCCUUUGAGGAUAUUCCCACCAUCUUCCAAUCCAAUUGCCACCCGGUUUUCCAUAACCAAAAGCUUUACUGCUUGGGCAGACAUGGCGAGAUGGGAGUGUUCGAGUUCGACCCAGAUGAUGAGGAAAGCAAGAAAUGGACCAUUCACGAGGUGCUGGGUUCGCCGCCGGAGGAGGAGACAUUCGAGAGCUACCUGGUGGAGUGCGAGGGAGAGCUAUUGGCGGUGUUCUUAUCGUUCAUGGGGGAGAAAAUUAGUGUUGUGAGGUUGGAUGAGGAGAGAAUGGAGUGGAUGAAAGUGGAGAGUUUGGGGGAUUUUAUGGUGUUUAUAAGCUUGCCCACUUCUUUUGCCAGGAAGAAAAUGGUGGAUGGAAUGGAGAACAAGAUUUACUUUCCCAGAUUGUCUGGGGAUUACACUGUGUUCUACUGCUUGGCCACGAAGACGUACAGGACUUUCGGGAAUAAGUUUUGUCAGAAAGAUUUGUAUGAGACGAGGGAGCAACUCAACUGUUGUUGGACUGAACCAACUUCUCGGACUUAUACCUCUCCGCAACAACUCCACUGGUUUCCCCAACAUGAAUAA